UGUGUGGACACAACAACACACCUCGACAGGCCGCUCCCUAAUCUGGAGAUGAAUUGUGGCCUCCUCCUUCCUGAGUCCUGACCCCUAAGAAUUGGUUGAUUGCCCCUGCCACGUCGAUUUCCUGGUCCGCAAACUGGUGGCGCAUCCAUAGCCGAUUCAUUCGCCGGUCUGCCGUGCCUUAUCCACUACAGUAGUCUAUCUGCCCGUCCCCGUGCCCGUGCCGUACUACUAGCGCAACGCGCUCAACGCCGCAUGGCGCGCUCGCCGUUGCCCUGGGGCGGAAGAAGGCCGCAGUCCGCGCCGCAGAGUGCGGAUCGAAUGCGCGUAGCGUGUGCAUGCCUGUGAAAGCGCAGGGUGCGGCGCAGAGUGCGACGCAGGGAGUGGUGCAGGGAGCGGCGGCGUACCACUGUCAAUGACCUGCCGCGCACGCACGGUGCGACAGCUCCCUCCCAGCGAGAGUCGUGGGUCAAUCAGGGCAGCGGGUGGCUCGCACGCGAAGCUUAACGUGCAGCUGCAAAGCACAAGCCAAGCAAGGCAGGCAUCCGUCGUCUCUCGUCGUCUGUAGCAAUCACAGCACGCAUAGCCGCAUAGUCGCAGUCUCAUAGUCGCUCGGUCGCAUAUUCGCGCCUGGUCGCCUGACGUCGAGGCUGCGAUCACGGAAAUAGCUCAAGUACGAAGAAAAACGGUUACAUUAGCGGGUGGGCAGCUGUAGCGCGAACCAGCUCUGGCCACAGCAGCGCCGGCUGUCGCGGGGGAGGCGGCAGGGCCAGCCGGGAUAGCAGCAGCAGCAGCGGACUCUGAGUAGCAGCCAGAGUACUGCGUGUCUGGCACUGUACGAUUUCCAUUCGUCUGUUUUCUCGCCGUUCGUCCACCCCAUCAGACCCUCGACGCGUCCCAGUGCCCCUACCCCUCACUACCUCCCCCUCAUUCCUCCUCCCGCUCCCCACUCCCCCCCCCCCCCCGCCUUCUCCCCUCUCUCCGCAUUCCUCUCUCCCCCCCUUGACCUCUAACCCCGCCCACCGCCCACUAACCCUGACGCCUAACCCUAGCCCUAACCCCCCCAAUGUUGCGCCGGUUCUUCCACCGGCCGAACACCAACUCGUGCCUGUACCUCAUCAUAGGGUUCCAGCUGGGAUGGAUCUCCACCUCCUUCCUCCUCUCCCAACAGCACGCGCAGCACCAGCACGACCCCUCCCCCUUCUCCCUCCCCCACCUCCCCCUCCCCCGCGACCCCCCCUGCGCCUCCCCGCCUUGCCACCGCGCUGUGCGCUCGCUGGGGGACUGGGGCCUGGCGUCGGCGGGCGAGGGGGGCUCCGCGGACAGCGCAGGCGCAGGGGGCGGCGCAGGGGGGGCGCGGGGGGAGAGCGCGUGUAACCUGUCAGUGGAGGCGGUGCAGAGGCAGCAGGAGGCGAUAGUGGGGGCGAUGCAGCAGCAGGAGGAGGAGAUGAGGCGGCUGAGGGGCGAGCUCGUGGACGGUGGUGGUGGUGCCAGGGGCUCUCGGUGGGAGGCGGAUGCAGGCGAGGCGCCGUGUGUGCGGGACAUGGCGCGCAAGAACGGCACUCUGGAGUGGAACCCCAAGCCGCAGAGGUACCUGAUCGCCAUGUGUUCGGGGGGGCAGCUGAGCAACCGGCUGGCGUGUGUGCGGCAGAGCAUGCUGGACGCAGCUCUCAUGAACCGCACCCUCGUUUUCCCCACCCAGGGCAUCGACUACGACUAUGAGGCGCUGCUAGACAUGGGCGCGUUUGAGGAGUGCUUCGGGCCCAACAGAGUGGUGUCGUUUACUGCUUAUAACGAGUCAGUCAAGGGCAGGGUGCGCGUGGGGCGGUUCAUCUGCCACGUGCAUGUGUACCAGACGGAGUCGGCCUGUGACGACCUGCAGCGCCGCUACACCACCACCCUCCGCAUCAACUUCGCCAAGCGCGAGAUCGCGCGGCGCCGCACACCGGGGCCGUGGUUCAAGUACCCGGCGGGGGACUUCCUGCGCAAGUUCAACAGUGACCACCACGUCAUCGCCUUUGGCAAUAUGUUCGGCGUGGGCGGGAGAGAGCUCAGGUUCCAAGGGGCGGCGCCGCUGGUGGUCAGGCCGGAGUGCCGGGGCCUGCUGCAGCCCAGCCCUGCGAUCCAGCAAGCUGCAGUGGGGUUUGUGAAUACUUACCUAGGCCCCAGCUACGCGGCGGUGCACCUGCGGCGGGGAGACUUCUUUCAGCACUGCAUCCACGGCAACGGGCGGCUGCGCCCCACGCCGUGCUACCAGCCGCUGGCGCAGGUGGCGGCGUGCCUGCACCAGCGCCUGCAGCGCCUGCCGGGGGUCCGCAUGGUGUUCCUGGCCAGCAAUGCCGAUGCCACGGAGCGACGCGUGCUCCGAGAGACACUGACGGCGCUGGGCUCCCCCCAUGCGCUGGUGUCCCUGCCGGUGUCCCUUGUUGGCGAGGCGUGGGCGGAGCCGUUGGAGCGGGGGGGUGUGGCGGGGCGCAGCGAGGUGGUGUCGUUCUUGGACAAGGCGGUGUGCGCGCUGGCGCUGCAGUUCUACGGCACCGCGGGCUCCACCUUCUCCAGCGACAUCAUGCGUCUCCGCGAGUGGUGGAAGCAAGGGCUUUGCGAAACUUACAUCUGCCCGGCCAACCAGCCUGCCGACUUUCUUCGCCUGCCCGAACGCGGCAACGCGUCGGCCCCUGCCCCAAGCCCUGCUGCAGGGGAUUCCGCCGUGCCUUCCUUGUUACCAUCAGCAGUGGGAGCAGCAGGUGUGUCGCCUACACAACCCCAGGGGCAGAAGCCAGGGAAGAUGGUAGGAGAGCAGGGUGGGCUUGGUGGUGGGGGAGGGGGAGGGGGUGCUGCUGCUGCUGCUGCUGGUGUUGACGAAGGGAAGGGGAAUGGCAAGAGAAUGGAGCAGAGGAGGGGUGGACUGGGAAGGGGAGGACAUGGAGGAGGAGGGGAUGGGAAGAGGGAGGGGAGCAAGGUGAUGGGAACUAGUGGGAAGGAGGGAGCCAGAGCCAACGUGGCUCCAAGAGUAGAGGGGACGAGAAAAGGAAGUGGGGGAAAAACUUCUCAAGACAGAGCUAAGGGAUGACGGACGGAUGCUUGUGCCAAUAAAAGAUGCAUGCUGGCAUUCGCUCACUGCUGUGCUUUUGUGAAAAACACCUGUUGUAUGUAAACUACCAGGAACAUGCACUCCUCCCUGGAUACCCUUGAUUUGCAGUGGUUUGUCACAGUAAUGUUUCGCUGAGUAUUGGAGCCACAACAAACUGUUAAAAUGAUA